AUAGUAUCAAACAAGGCUUCGUUCUAGAGCUCCAUCAUGAAAGCCCUUACAUUCAAUACCCCCGGCGAUGCAGCAAUCCGCGAGAUUCCGCUCCCCCCUCUUCGUCCAGAGUACAUGCUCAUCAAAAUCUCAACUAUAGCGCUGAACCCGACAGACUGGAAACAUAUCAACCAUGCAAAAGGCGCAGACCCUUUCAGUAUUGUCGGAUGCGACUAUGCAGGAACUGUUGUGUCUCUCGGGCCUGGCGUAGCAAAGUCGUUUUCCGUCGGCGAGAAAGUGUACGGAUGCGCACAUGGGUCGAACCAGAGCGAAGCCACCGAUGGUGUUUUUGCCGAAUACGCUCUUGUCAAAGGGGACGUGAGCAUGAGGGUUCCGUUCUCCUUGUCGAUCGGUCUAGAGGACUUGUGUACCAUUCCUCUCGGGGCGAUCACGGUCGGACAGGGCCUGUUCCAACCGGGUCACAAUAAAUCGAUUGGGCUUGCCUGGCCUGAAGACGGGCUAGGAAAAGGCGAAUACGUCUUCAUUUCGGGUGGGAGUACUGCGACAGGGACUCUGGGAAUCCAGUUGGCCAAAAUGGCAGGCUACACAGUGCUCACAACCUGUUCUCCCCAGAAUGAAGAGCUGGUGAGGUCGCGCGGCGCAGACCAUAUCUUUGAUUACAAUGACGAAGACUGUGGAAAGAAGAUCCGCGAGUUCACACAGAAUACGUUGCGCUAUGCGUGGGACGUCGCGUACUCGCCCGAGUUAUGCGAUGCCGCGCUGAGUUCGGAUUCGUCAAUUGUACAUUUUGGCACGGUGCACCCGGAUGAUCCUCCGCGAGAAGGGUUUGCCUCCUUCUCCUCCACAAGCAUGUAUACCAUGUUUGGCGAGAAAUUCGACAAGUACGGCCACCACUACCCUGCAUCGGAGGAAGACUUUGAAUUCGCCAAGCGGUGGACGACCUUUAUUGAGCGAAUCGUGGCAGAGGGGAAGUUGAUUCCUCACCCCAAGAGAGUAGAAAAUGGAGGCCUGGAUGGGAUCUUGGAUGGACUGGCUAUGCUCAAGGAGGAGAAAAUCAGGGGGGAAAAGGUAGUUUACAGGAUUGAGUAGAUAGGGGUGACAUAUAUCAUAUACCCUCUUUCAAUGCCUCAAUAGCAAAAUAUUCACACUAUAUUUAUUUUAUCGCCAACUGCCA